AGAACCAAAGCCUUGUCAUCUAACUAGCUAUAUAUCUAUAUCCACCAUGGCAAAGCUCGGUCUCCUCCUAGCCACCCUUGCUCUUGUUCUCUUCCUCGGCAAUGCCUCCGUUUACCACACCACCGUCACGGUUGACAGCGAGGAAAACCCUUGGGGAAGCAAAGAGAGCAGCUGUCAGAAGCAGAUAAAGAAGCAAAACUACCUCAAGCACUGUCAGGAGUACAUGGAGGAGCAGUCCAGAGGCAGCGGCAGCAGCAGCAGCCGUGAGCGCUACAGCCGCCCCGUGAGCAAGCACCUAGACUCCUGUUGCCAGCAACUGGAGAAGCUCGAUACGCCGUGCCGUUGCCCUGGUCUAAAACAGGCAGUGCAGCAACAGGCGGAAGAGGGAGAGUUUGGGAGGGAAGAGUUGCAAGAGAUGUAUGAGACGGUUGACAAGAUCAUGAACAAGUGUGACGUAGAGCCUGGAAGGUGUAACUUGCAACCUCGCAACUGGUUCUAGAGAGAAAGAAAGAUCAGAGCUGCCUGAUCUAAUGUAAAACAAUGACUGUAAUGUUCACCCAUCAACUCUGGUGUUCUAACUGGAGGUUUUUGGGGUGACUAGAAGUACUGAUAAUCCAUAAAUAAAAGCACAUUCUCGUGUGCGGUUGCUUUUUGCUUCAGGCUAAGA